CGAUCAUUGCAUCACAAAGCAACACACCAAGUAGCCACAUCGCGCUUAGCUGGGUUCCAAGAGAGCUACUAGGCACGUAGCGACUAGCGGUCACGAGCGCGCGCCCAUGGCUUCCACGUCGACGAGCUUCGUGGCCAUGGCGCUCGUCACCGCCGUCAUGCUCAGCACGUGCCAUGCCGCGCGCCUCCUCGCAGACGUUCCGGCCUUGCCCACACCGAUGCUGCCCCCCGUGCCCGUCGUCCCUACAGUCCCCGCCGUGCCAGGCGGCGUCGUUCCCACGGUGCCCACCGUGCCGAACGUCCCGACGGUUCCCACCGUACCAGGCAUCCCGACGGUGCCGACAGUUCCCACCGUGCCCGGCGUGCCGACGGUGCCCACCGUGCCAGGUGUGCCAACGGUGCCAGUACCUGGUGCCGUCGUGCCGACCAUCCCAGCGGUUCCCACCGUGCCAGGCGUGCCGACUGUGCCGGUUCCUGGCGCCGUCGUGCCGACAGUGCCCACUGCGCCGAGUGUGCCGACGGUUCCCACAGUGCCAGGGGUGCCGACGUUGCCGAUGCCGUCUGUCCCCGGCGUGCCUAACGUGCCGCUGCCGCCUAUGCCGUCCGUCCCCGACCUGCCCAAGGUGCCACUGCCGCCGAUGCCGUCCGUCCCUGGCGUGCCCAAGGUGCCACUGCCGCCGGUGCCGUCUGUUCCCGGUGUGCCGGCCGUGCCAUAGUUCCUUGCACCUCCACCGUCGACGGACUAGACGUACGUACGUGCCCACAUGCACGAUUUACGAGUGUAAUAAAACUGUAACGUUCCCACCAUAUGGUUACUUUAACUUUGUAGUAUUCGUUUGAGCAGCACUUGUGUCUACGUGCAAGUAAAAAAGAAGUACCCACUUGUGUA